UAAUCGUGUCUGUAGAUGCUCCCCUGUAGAUCUUACCCAUGUCUCCACGAUUAGCCGAGGGGCUGUGGCCUCCACAAAGCCUUCUGAGCUCGGCAGCCCAUCACUCUAAGCUCCUCUGGGGCAGGCCUGUGAAUGCUGAGGUUCAGGCGCAGAACCGACCCUGGGCAAUACUGGGGGAGCCACCCAAUUUCCCCCCAGAGACCCCAGGAACCCAGCAUCAAGCAGAUUAUCCACUGGCAGAGUAAAAUUCCAGAGCACACAGGGUUAGCUGGAGUGAGGACAUCCUGAGGACAAGCUUGUGAACCUCCUCACCUUGGUCGUCUGUGGCUUGUUGUGGUCAUCAGGGUAGUGGGCAAUGAGCAGCAAGAGGGCCUGGGAGCAAUUCACUACAGCCUAGCCAGAACACAAGCCUGGGCAGGAGGGGCCCCACGAAGGAGCAUCUACUGUGUGCUUUACAAGUAGAGAGAAGGCUCAGAGAGGGUGGGCAACUGCCUGAGAUCACACAGCACAGAGUAGUGGCCCAGGUGACUAAAGCCCACUCCUCCCCAGGUGGCCUCAUGUUCCGGGCCACUCCCAGGGUCAGCCCUGGAUCUGACCCCUUCGAUGAUCCUCCCUAAGGCUUUAGGAUCAAGACCCUCACCAUGGCCUCCAGGGUCUGCAGGGCUCCCUUCCUUCCCUGCACAUUCCCACCAUUCUGUGUCCUUUCAAGCCAUCAUGAGUUCUAGCAGGUCCUCGUCCCCCUCCAUGGGGCAAACUCCUCAGACCUCAGCCCUCCCAGCCUCCCUAAAUCCAGGCCCAGUUUUUCCCUCACAGCCCCGUGUUCCCGUGCCAAAGGUUGCCACCACUGGGCAUUUGAGCUGUUGGUGUGACAUGGAAGCUCCCUGUCCUCUGGGCUUCAGGAAGGCACGGGUCCUGUCUAGUUCAUCAGCGAAUCCCAGCAUCUGGAACCAACCCUCAAAUGCCUAUAGGGUGAGUGGAGAAAUGGAGGAAACUGAAACUCAGAGAGAAGUGGCCUUGCCAGAGUCCCGAGUUCUCCCAUGCACAGGGCUACAAGCUGGGAGUAGCUCCUGGAAGUCGCAGGUCCAGUGGAACACUUCCCCGCCGGAACCCACCAGGAGGGCCUGCCUCCCGGCCCCAGAGGCUCAGCUCGUACCUCCCCCCCCCACCCCCCCACCCCAGGCCCCUGGGAGCCAAAGAAGUCACACGGCCCUGGGCAAGGGCAGAAUAUGAGGAAGCAGAAUCCACAAAAAAAGUGGGAAACAGGUGGGUGAGCAGAGUCAGCUAAAAAGGCCGACAUGCAGGGGGGGCCCCAGAUAGAAUAUUCGGAAGUGCAGGAGAAGGGCCGAGGAGACUGUCAUGCUCCUGGGUCCUGGCCUGCAAGUCCUCCUAGCCAGCCCCUCCCAGGAGGCAAAGGUUCUGGUCAUUGCUGCCAAAGACAUUCCAGGAGAGAGCAGGCAUCAAGCCAAAGCCACUGCAACAGAAGCCCCAGAGAGCAGGGAGCAGGCCUUAGGGAGGCUGUGGCUGUUGGGGGGCUGGACGCCGGCCACCCUGCCCUGGAGAGCUUCCACAUGAACGUCCAGAUGCAGGGAGCUCCCCGUGUGCCUCAGGUGGGUCUGUGCGUCUGCCUGGAAUGUUCUGCCCCUCAUCAACCUGGCAGGGCCCUACAGAUCCUCUGCACACUGGCCCCUCCAUCCCCUCCUCUCCCGACCACCCACACAGAAGCAGGCCUCCUCCUCCUCCCCCUCUCCCCUGAACACAGAGCACAUGGCGUGCCCACGUGUGGCCACAGGAUGCCUGUGAAGGAGAACAAAGGAGCGGCAGGGCUUCCCAAGCACCUAAGGAGACAUACCCAAGAUGCCACAUUCCCCAAAGCAAAAACAAAAGGGUUUUCAUGUUGCUUUCUGGUGCAAAAGAUAGCUUGAGAGAUGUAAAUCCCAAAGGUCCACCAGGCCACAUGCCCGCUCCUCACAAAGGUCCAGAGUGACAUAAUUUAGGACCCCUGCCCCCCACAUCCCCGACCCUGCUCUUACAGAGGACCCCCAGCACCAAAGCUCUGGCCAAGGCCCUGCCCACUCAGGGGUCAGCGCACCAAACCCUCUGUCUCCCUCUGCCGCUCAGUCCCUGCAGAUCCACCCUGGGCCAGCCUCCUCUCUUGUGAUCAAAGGCACUGGCCUCCACUCCCCCUGAAGCCCAUUCUCUAGACACUCUGCCAGGGACCAUCUUAAAAUGUGACUUGGAUCCUGGCUCUUCCGGCCCCCUGAAAUGGCUGCUCGCCACUUCUCUUCUCCUCCACCCUCCCUCCACACAGUAAGACUGACCAAUUCUCAGAACAAGCCAUCACCUCUCCCAGGCUCUUCCCUGCCUGGAUGCCUCACCACCUUCUCUACCUGACUGAGGCCUGGCCUGGCCUCCAGGGAGGCCCCAGCCCUUGGAACACGCAUCUGCCAGUCUAGGGCCCAGGGCCCUGCUGGCCCUCCCAGCCCACUCAUGCCCUGCCCGCCACAGUGGCACUCCUCUGCCCAGCCUUCCGCCCCGAAUAGGAACUGCUCUCAUUCACAAGGCUGGCCAGACCAGCGCCAUUCCUCUCAGGCACUACCAGUUCCAAGGAGACAAGUCCUAGAGAGGGUUUUCUUCACACUCCAAAGCAGCUGCGGGCCAUCAGUCCUAGUGGGACAUGGGCCAAUGCAGGGUCAGUCCACACAGACAGGAGAAGGAAACAGGCAUGGGGCCAGCACUCUGGCUUGACCUGGGUGGCCCUUCCUUGGGCCUGACUCGUGACAAGGAAACAGCAGCAAGGGGGAGCAGGGAGGGUUACCGCAGUCCUGGGUGCCGCCUUCUUUCUAGCGGGCGGGGAGUGGGCACUCCUGGUAGGCCAACCUGACUUCCAGGGUUCCAGGGGCCCUGGUUCCCCCAGCUCAGUCCCUACUCCUGGCAGGCUGGCUUUAUGACUUCACAUGCUGAAGUCACGCGGGGACAAUGCUGAGCGUUCCACCCCUCCAAGUCCAAGCCCAGCCCUGCCAGACGGCUCCCCACAGUGUAAAUGAGGACAAUGCCCGCUGGCCCACAGGGGGAGGGGAUGUAGAGCGCAGUGCCGCCAGCCGCUCCUGGCACCAUGGACGAUGCCGCGGUCCUAAGGAAGAAGGGUUACAUCGUGGGCAUCAAUCUUGGCAAGGGGUCGUAUGCGAAAGUCAAAUCUGCCUACUCUGAGCGCCUCAAGUUCAACGUGGCAGUCAAGAUCAUCGACCGCAAGAAGACGCCUACCGACUUUGUGGAGAGAUUCCUUCCUCGGGAGAUGGACAUCCUGGCAACCGUCAACCACCGCUCCAUCAUCAAGACCUACGAGAUCUUUGAGACCUCUGAUGGGCGCAUCUAUAUCGUCAUGGAGCUUGGGGUCCAGGGUGACCUCCUGGAGUUCAUCAAGUGUCGGGGAGCCCUGCACGAGGACGUGGCUCGUAAGAUGUUCCGCCAGCUCUCCUCAGCUGUCAAGUACUGCCACGACCUGGACGUCGUCCACCGAGAUCUCAAGUGUGAGAACCUUCUCCUCGACAAGGACUUCAACAUCAAGCUGUCCGACUUCGGCUUCUCCAAGCGCUGCCUGCGGGACGGCAGCGGCCGCAUCAUCCUCAGCAAGACCUUCUGUGGGUCGGCGGCGUAUGCGGCCCCCGAGGUGCUGCAGGGCAUCCCCUACCAGCCCAAGGUGUAUGACAUCUGGAGCCUGGGCGUGAUCCUCUACAUCAUGGUCUGCGGCUCCAUGCCCUAUGACGACUCCGACAUCAAGAAGAUGCUGCGCAUCCAGAAGGAGCACCGCGUGGACUUCCCCCGCUCCAAGAACCUGACUGGCGAGUGCAAGGACCUCAUCUACCGCAUCCUGCAGCCGGACGUCAACCGGCGGCUGCACAUCGACGAGAUCCUCAGCCACUCCUGGCUGCAGCCCCCCAAGCCCAAAGCCAUGUCUUCGGCCUCCUUCAAGAGGGAGGGUGAGGGCAAGUACCGGGCCGAAUGCAAACUGGACACCCGGCCGGGCUCACGGCCGGAGCACCGGCCUGAGCACCGGCCAGACCAUAAGCUGGGGGCCAAAACCCAGCACCGGCUGCUGGUGGUGCCUGAGAACGAGGACAGAGUGGAGGACAGGCCGGCCGAGUCCUCCAAGGCAAAAGAUCAUCAUGGCACCGGAGCUGAGGUGGGGAAAGCGAGCACCUAGCGGUGCGGAGGGCCUGGGGGGCGUGGUGCGUGGUGCGCGCCCACAUAAACUAAAUAGGCAGUAGGAGCUGAAGAAGGCACAGGUGCAAGGAACAAGUAAAAUCCGUCAAUUAAACCACUAUUUUGAUUACGUUCUAUUAGCUUUCUUCCACUUAGUAGCAAAGACAUUAAUUACUGACCACCAAAUAAACCGCAAAGUGUAUACAAGCAUUAAGAGUGCCCCGUGAGGAGUCUUUUUCUCUAGGACUCAGCCAACCACCCCUCCUGCGGCGUGGGGGUCUCCAGCACAGGGGUGCAGGGCCUGGUGCUCGGGCACAGGCAGACUAUGGCGAGACUCUGUGGGCAAGAAGACCUAAGCUGCAGCCCACAGCCAGGCCCCCACCACCUCCCUUUGACCCACCCCGGACCCAGCACCUCCAGGGUUGGCCGGCUGCAUGUGUCUCUGGCUCAGGCCCAGCACAGCCCACCCUGACCUCAACCCCAUCCCACUCCCUCGGACUGACCCUUUCUCCUUAUA